GGUUCAACAAAAGAUGCUCUAAUGGAUGACAGUGAAACUCCUACAUAUAAUCUGCAGAUAGAACCACAAGUUGGAUAUCAUCCUGGUGAUGGCGUGGAAAGUACUGUAACAUGCUUGCCCUCUGCAUCAGAUGAAAAUGAAAAUCAAUUUGAUGGUGAUGGGCAUGAGCUUCUGACCAGUAGUGACAGUGCAAUGGGCAAACCUGAAGUGUUUGAGCCGGACAGUCUCAACAAUAAUGAAAGCUGCACAUCAAGCUGUCAGGUGGCUGCAGGUGAGAAUUUGGAAAACACUGCUUGUGAAGGCCCCAAAGAUGGACAGGCCGUCUUGAGAAAGGACCAAAAAAUACCUGGAAAAAGUUCAAGAAGCAAAAAAGGCACUGUUAAGAAGAUACCACAAGGACUUUCUUCAGGAGAUACCACACCCUUUAUGCAAGAAAAUAUAUUACAUGCAGCCAUACAUGCUGUUAGUGAUGAAGAGUCUGCAGAAGUAAAUGCUAAUGAUCAACUAGAAGCCCCGAAGCUGGUUCUGCAAUCUCUGUUCUCACUUAUACGGGGUGAAGUUGAGCAGUUGGAUUCAAGAGCACUUCCCCUUUGCCUUCAUCAGAUAGCAGAGUCCUAUUUCCAGGAGGAGGACUAUGAGAAAGCAAUGAAAUUCAUUCAGCUCGAACGACUGUAUCAUGAGCAAUUGCUCGCAAAUCUUUCUGCCAUUCAAGAACAGUGGGAAACAAAAUGGAAAACUGUACAACCACAUACAGUUACAUCUUUGAGGAAUUCAGAAAAAGGAUUUAAUGGUGAGGAUUUUGAACGGCUUGCUAAAUUUUGCACAACACAUCAAGAUCCUCUUUUAUCCAAACAUAAGAUAGCAGCUGUACAGAAGUCCCUGGGAAGGAAAUGUUUUACACAGUUAAUAGUAUCUGAAGAUCCAAAGGAAAGAGGAGCUACAGCCAAAGAGCCAGAGAGUGAAACUUGUCUUGGCAUGGAAUCAGGAAAAGAAAGCCAACAUAAAAGAGAGACCCGCGAGAGCAGUCCCUGCUGUAAUCAGAUGGACAGGCAGGCAGAUCCCCUGAGCCUUCCGGUAACUGCAGGGCAGGGCCACACGGAGGAGCCGCUCUGCAGCGCUGAAGCCACACUGGAGCUCCACGCCCUGCCCUUGGAGUCGGCAGGGAGCAGGUCUGGGCUACUCUCUUCAGGGAAUGCUUGUGAGGAUGACAGCCGCUUGCAGCUGACUCAAUCAGAGGCCAGCCAAGAUGUGGCCGAAAUAGAGGGCAUUGCUAAAGACCCUAAGGUUUCCAGCGAGUCAGUGAUAGAGCCAUUGAUUUUACCAGGCUCUGACCAUAUACCUCCUGCGUUGAUUUCUGAGGGUAAAUACUCACAGACGCAAAGAAAGGAACUCCAGUUGCUACUUCAGGAUGCUUCUGAGGCGUUGCCCACAGACCAACUUGAGAACAAUGAAUUAAAUGAGCUGCAGCAACCUGAUCUUACAGACAGUGAUGGAAAAUCACCACAGGGGCAGACUGACUCAGAGGGCUCUGAGAGUGUACUUUGUGAAAAUAAUCAAGUAUCUGAUUUAAGUACAGUGCUUCCAGAAGUGUAUAUGGCCCCAGAGGAACAGGGAGAUAAACACGAACAAGUCAGUAAGGAAACAGAAGACUAUUUGAACAGCCUUUUAGAAGAAUGCUUAAAAGAUACUGAAGAUUCCCUUUCAUAUGAAGAUAACCAAGAGGAAGACCCUGAUCUCCUUCAAGAUCUUUCUCCUGAAGAAGAAUCCUAUAGUCUACAGGAGAACCUGCCUUCUGAUGAAAGCUGUCUUUCUCUCGAUGAUCUUGCAAAAAGGAUAGAGAUUGCAGAGGUUGUUCAUGCUGAAGGAUUGGUCUCUAUAUUAAAGAAGAGGAAUAAUACUGUAGGAGAUCAUACUGCCCAGAUGCAACAGAAACCAUCUAAGCGAAGAGUGAGAUUCCAAGAAAUAGAUGACAACUUAGAUCAAGAUGAAGUUGGAGGUGGUUCCUGUAUUUUACUGGUCUUGCUGUGCAUAGCGACGGUUUUCCUUAGUGUGGGAGGAACUGCAUUAUACUGCACUUUUGGUGACACAGAGUCACCUGUUUGUACAGACUUUGCAGACAACAUGGAUUUCUAUUACACUAAGUUACUGCAGGGAAUGGCAGGACUUAAACACUGGAUCUACCUCUCCUAGCAGCAUUCAAAAGGGACAGGCAUGCUGGCCGUGAGAAUCAAAGAGUGAAACUUUCUAAAUAGCUUUUAUUUCAAGAGUUCUGUAACAUGCGCCUCCCUUCCCCAGUGAGGAACCACAAACAUCAGAAACAGCAGCUUUAACUGGCAAAACAGAGGAACUCAGAAUAAUCCACAUAAUGACACAGAUAUUGAUCUGAGCACUGUGGAUGGAAGGAAUGGUCUUUGGAGAGC